GCCGAAAUGCAUCGGCCGAAGCCCUAGCCACGCACGAACCCCCUCCGCCGCCACGCUCCCUUCUUCUCCCGUGCGCAGCUCCGAGGUGUUCCUUAGUUACCACCAUGAAGCUGAUCGCUGCCUACCUGCUUGCCCAUCUGGGCGGGAAGCCUUCCCCAACUGCUGCUGAUGUCAAGAACAUCCUGGACUCAGUUGGUGCUGAAGCUGAUGAAAACAAGCUCGAGUCCCUUCUUGCUGAACUCAAAGGCAAGGACAUAACAGAAGUGAUUGCAUGUGGAAGGGAGAAGUUUGCUUCUGUGCCUUCAGGUGGUGGCGCCAUUGCUGGGGGAGCUCCUGCUGCUGCGGCUGCUGGUGGCGGUGCGGCACCUGCUGCAGAGUCGAAGAAGGAGGAGAAGGUUGAAGAGAAGGAAGAAUCUGAUGACGACAUGGGUUUCAGUCUGUUUGACUAAGUACCUCUCGGCCCCCUGUUGUUUACCCUAGUAUCUGUUUUGUGUGGUCUGCUGUGACGGCGUCGUAUUAUGAACCAUUUAGAGAUCCUUGGGACAUUGUAAAUGUCUAGCAUGUGACUUGUGACUUCGUCUGAGUUUUGUUAAGUUGAAUGGUAAUCAGCAGGAGUUCUGUUUCAGCAAUGUUCUGGUGAUUUUGAC